AUGGCUUCAAUUACUUCACCAAAAAUCCUGCAAGACCAUAAAAGCAGCGGAAAUGAUGAUAAUGGCUAUGAAGUAAUUAGCCGGCAAGACAUUCAGGCCGCCAUAGCCAAAACAGUCGAGCUUAGAGCGCUUCAUGCUGCUCUAAUGCAGGGUAAUAGUCCCGCCAAACUCCGGCUCCCCACGGCCACUUCCCCUGUUGUUCCUCAUUUCACUGCCCAAGAUUACCCCGUCUUCACUCCUACCUAUAAAGAUGAACCACUACCGGCAUAUCAGCAAAUUCGAUUAGAACAGCCAAAUUGUGAUGAACUUUGGGACGAGUAUGCCUUGGAGUUGGAUCAAGGUGGAGAUGUUGAUGAAACCAUCUUUUCCGAUUACAAAAUGGUGAGUGAAUCUUUCAGGAACGAGUCGUUGUCUGAAUUGAUCGACUCAGAACAGCACGUAUGUCCAGCCGAAUCCCAAAAUUCUGUUGUAGGUUCUUCUGCCAAUAAUGUUACUGUUCCUAUAGCUUCUCCAGGAACUAAUUACUGCAAGACCAGGAGAAAAAGUAUGGGAGACCUUAAAUCAAUGUCAGCUUGCAAUAAGUGUAAACCUGCCUUAAUAAGUAUAGAGACAGAAGGGACUUCCAAGAAUGGCAAGAAAUCUAGUAUCGUACCACUAACCGAUUCUCGCCCUUCCUUGCAUUCACAACAAAGAAACAAAGGGCUGCUGCAUAUUUCGAGGUUGUUUCCUAGGCGAAAGAAGAAGAACGAGAAUGAAAACUCAUCACUAAAUCUAACACAAUCCGAUGAAGUUUCUCGAAUUGUUAACAACUUGGGAACCAUAUCGAUCGAGGCAUUGAAGAAAGAGUUAAUGGAAGCAAAUGAGAGUAAAGAUGCAGCCUUAAUCAAAGUCGAGGAGACUAAAACGUCGUUGAGAGAACUAAGCCAGAAGUUGGAAUACUUGGAGACUUAUUGUGAAGAACUGAAGAACGCAUCAAGACAAGAAAAGAAUUCCUAUUCUGCUGAAAAUCUUGCAAAUCAUCCAAUUAGGAAAUCAAUGGAUGGCGAUGCAGAAAAAUUGAUCAUGACUGAGGGCUUUUUGCAGAUUGUAUCAGAAUCAAGAUUAUCCGUAACACAAUUGUGCAAGACUCUCCUGUCUCAGAUCACAUCAAAUCUAGUAACCAACCCUGUGCAGCCCUCUCAGGUGAGAUCAAAUCUGGCGACCGACCCUGUGCUGUCCUCCGUAGGGAGCCCAACAAGAUUUCGAGGUGACAGCACCAUAGUCGAUAAUUUGAACUUGCUACUUCAACCAUAUAAACUUUCUUUGGAUUCAAAGUACACAAGGGCAGUUCAAUACCAUUUGGAAGCAAUCAUAAACCAAUCAUUCUAUCAAGAUUUCGAGAAUCGCAUUUUCCAGAAAAAUGGCUCCCCAAAGCUUUUAGACCCUCAACAAGAUCGUCAAGCACGAAUUCAAUCAUUUCUCGCGCUGAAAAAUCUAACCUGGAAUGAAGUUCUAAGAAAAGGGACAAAAUGUUACAGUGAAGAAUUCAGCGAAUUCUGUGAUCUGAAAAUGAGUUGCAUUAUUACAAAACUUGGAUGGAAGAUACCAUGGCCUGAACAGCUUCUUCAAGCAUUUUUUGAUGCUGCAAAAUGCAUUUGGUUGCUCCAUUUGCUUGCAUUUUCAUUCAAUCCGCCAUUGGGGAUUUUACGGGUCGAUGAAAAUAGACCCUUCGAUCCUCAUUACAUGGAGGACAUUUUCACAGACGGGCAGAGUUUAGAGGGUCCAAUGAGGGUCAAGAUCAUGCCAGGCGGCGAUACUAGUGCAGCGGAUGUCGCCAAGGAGAUAGCGUGGGAGCAGCUCCAUUCCGGUCCAUGGCACUCUCUAGGCCCAAUCUGGCGUGACGCCUAUGCUAUGGCAUGCCUCUACGUGGCCAGAAACCAUUUCUCGUCCGGUGAAUAUAAGCUCGCUCUCAAAGCACUCGAUUUGGGGCUCAUCAUGGGUGGAUUUACCUUACGAGGUGAUUUGAAUUCGUGUAUUAAGAAAGUAAGCAAUGCUCUUAGAGAAAAAGACUUUAAUUCCAGUAAUAACAACAAUAACAGUACUAAAGAAGGGCAGAAGAACAGUGAGCUUUUUGAAGAACAAGAAAUUGUUUCCCGCCAAAAUUUCAACUUGCCGAAGGUAUUGAGGCCAAAACAGAAUUUUCUCAAACCUAAAGGCUACAGUGAAUGUGAGGUCGCUCGUAAUAUUGUUGCUGCUCCAUGA